AAAAAGAAGACUUAAUAAAAGGAGUUGAUAAAACAUUGUAUAAAUACAGAAAUCUCCAACUUAUUUCCCUCUCAACUCAAACCCUAGCCCCCUCUGUGAUCACUCUGAUACUGAAUAACCGAGCAAUUGACCUCUUCGGUAAUCACAUCAGACGGCUCUCGUGAGGUCAUUGUCAAAACCAUCGAAUGCGAUUAUGGCCGGUGGUUCAGAUGUGGCUGAACCAGCUAGCUUGUCCUGUGCUAGUUGCGGCAAACCUGCCCAGCUUCAGUGUCCCAAAUGUGUGCAAUUGAAGCUUCCUCGUGAAACGGCUGCUUUCUGUACUCAGGAUUGUUUUAAGGCUUCUUGGAGCUCUCAUAAGUCAGUGCAUCUAAAGGCCAAGCCGUCCGAACCUGGGACAGGUACUCCAGAUAAUGAAGGUUGGCUAUAUUGCUUGAAGAAAGGACAGGCUCGAACACCAAAGCUUCCCUAUUUUGAUUGGACUGGGACAUUGAGGCCGUAUCCUAUAUCUAGUAAGCGUGUAGUACCUGCUCAUAUUGAUCUACCUGAUUGGGCAGCUGAUGGAACUCCAAAAGUUGAGCCCAAUAGUGAUCUGCAGCAUGUUGUCGAGAUCAAGAAACCGGAACAAAUUGAGAGAAUGCGAGAAACUUGUCUAAUUGCAAGGAAGGUCUUGGAUAAAGCUGCUAGUGUAAUCCGACCUGGUAUCACAACUGAUGAAAUUGAUCGGGUGGUCCAUGAGGCUACUAUUGCUGAGGGUGGAUAUCCAUCUCCUCUCAAUUAUCAUUUCUUCCCCAAGUCUUGCUGCACGUCAGUCAAUGAAGUAAUUUGCCAUGGGAUUCCUGACGCCAGGUAUGCGUUGUACCUAUUCAUUUGAGAUUUAUUUAUUUUCU